UUUUUUCAAGAAAUGUAAUGAAAUGAUUGUGUACUUUCAUUCGAAUAUAAUGUAAUGAAUUAUUUAUUAUUAGUUCAAUUAUUUCUUAAAAAUUUGUUAUUAUUAUCCAUAAAUGUAAUAAAUAUAAACAAAUAUUUAUAAACCUUAUAUGUAUAUUAAAAAAUUGUUUAUCUUGUGGAAAGAAACAAUAUGUCCACUAUUCUUCUGAGCAUUCAAUAUUUUCAAUUUAUUAAAUAUUGUAAUAUAAAUGUGAGAUAAUGUAAUUUCAUUUAUCGCUUUUUGACAAUGUAUUUUGUUGCAAAACUUGUUUUCGGAUUUUAUUUGUGAAUCAUGACAGAGUCGGAACUUUGCCGGCUCUGUGCCGAAACCAAAGAGAAUUUUAUUGGAAUUUAUGAAGCAGAAGGACAAAAAUUAGCCAUAGAAGCAAAAAUUGCUAAAUGUUUACAAAUUCAGGUACUAACAAAUGAUGGAUUACCACUUACAGUUUGUAUAGAUUGUUGUAUUUUAUUGAAUCAAUGUAAUGAAUUUUUUGAAAAAACUAAUCAAGCACAAAUAUCUUUAAGACAAUUACUUCUUGAUCCUAAAGUUGAAUCGCAACCCUUAGAAUCAAAUAUAAACUUUAUUGAUAAAACAAUUACAUUUCCAAAGGAAGAAGUUAAUGAAGGAAUUGUUGAAUGUCACUUAUCAAAUUAUAUCCAUGAUACAUCUAAUGUUUCACAUAAUUAUUUUGUCGAAGAAAAUAAAAGUGAUAAUCAGAAACAUGAAACUGAAGAACCUCAAGAUAUUAUAAAACAAAAAAAAUGUAAAAUUCAAUUAAAAAAGACUUCAGUUAAACAAACUAGAAAAAAAUUAAAACGAAAAAAUCAGAAAAUAGAAGAUUCUGAUGUAUAUAUGAAUACUGAUUUAAAAAAAGAAAAUAAGAAUAUUGAUAUAAAAAGUAAUAUUAAAAUUCCAGAUAAUUAUAUGACAGGCACAGAUACAGAUUUAGAAAUCAUAGAAGCACAUGCUGUAGAAAUUUUAAAAUUUGGACGCAAAAGAGAAGAAUCUUUAAAUAGAUAUCCAUGGCUUUGCACUGAUUGUAAUGAUAAAUUACCCAGUUUAGAAAAAUUGAAAGAACAUCAUGAAACUAUUCACAAUCAACAAGCAAAAUAUAUGUGUGUAUUAUGUUGUAAAGUUUAUGAUAAAUAUUAUGGUUUUCUUACUCAUGUCAAACGACAUAAAAACAAAACAAAAUUCAGUUGUGAAGAUUGUGGAAAAUCAUUUGUACAUAAGAAGGUAUUAGAUUCUCACAAAGCAAUUCACAGUGAGGAGAGGCCUCAUAUAUGUCAAACUUGUGGAAAAGCAUUUAGGCAACAAAGUGCUUUAUAUAUUCAUAGUAGAUGUCAUUUACCAGAUACUAUGAAAAAUAGAUUUCCUUGUGAUCAGUGUGAUAAAAGAUUUUCAACAAAGCCAAAUUUAGUCACACAUAAACGCAUCCAUUCUGGUGUUAGAAAUUUCACAUGUGAUCAAUGUGGUAAAAGUUUUAUUCAAAAAGGAAAUUUAGAGGCUCAUUUUUUAACUCAUUCAGCAGAUAAACCAUAUAGUUGUACCCAAUGUUCAAAAGCUUUUAAAACGCCAUUGCAAUUAAAAAAGCAUGAAACAGUUCAUACAGGAGCCAAACCACAUCAAUGUGCUGUAUGUGGAAGAACUUUUAGAGAAAAAGGUACAUUAAGAGAGCACCAUAGAAUACAUACUGGUGCAAUGCCAUUUACAUGUGAAUUUUGUGGUAAAUGUUUUCGCUUUAAAGGAAUAUUAACUACGCAUAGAAGACAACAUACUGGUGAACGUCCAUAUAGUUGCUUAGAAUGUCAACACCAUUUCACAAAUUGGCCAAACUAUAAUAAACAUAUGAAACGUAGGCAUGGAAUUAAUACAUCACAUACAAAACAUUUGUCACAAUCUCAGCAGCAAUUACAAGAACAACCUCAACCAGAACAAUCACAAAUAGAUCAAUCAAAUGCAGAGCAGUCAUUGUCUAUAUCUAAUACGGAAUCAUCAACUGUACAUGUGAUACAAACUGUUUCACAUACUGCAAGUCAACCACUUAUUGUACAAACUAUUCCAACUAGCACUGUUCAAAAUUUUCAACCUGAUGUAUCCAGCACAGUACAAGACACAGUCUUUCGAGAAAGGAAUGCAACAUAUUUUAAUACAGUGCCAGCAACUCUGCAAAAUUUUUUACCACCUAAUUUAUCAUAUAACUUUUAUAAUAUUUCUAAUGUUACAUAUAAAGAAUGAUUUAAUAUAACAUAAUACAAUCAUGUUACUCAAAUCAAUUUAAGAAAUACAUGUAUAAGUUUGUUUAAUCAAUAAGUAACAGAUAUUUCUUUCUGA